GUUAAUGCAGAGAGGCAAAAGAAGUAAAACACAAAAAGCAAUCAAUCAUUAAUGUUAUUGUGGUAGGUUCUGAUCUCAAAUAAUUAAUCAGCAGCACGCAUUUUCAACAACACUCAAUUCUGUGGGCGCGCAAAACCCUCCCAGCGCACAUUAGCGCGGCAAACUCUUUCGUGGCCCACAGUAAAAACCGGACAAGGAAGUGUUUCAAUAAAUAAUGCAAAUUUGGAUAAGCAUAGCGAACAGUGAGGGCAAGAUAACCAUCACGUUGACCACUACAAUGCAUCGCGCACAAUGUGUAUCACAAUCGUGUCCGUACGAUCUUACCAGAGUCCACGCUCAACGUUAAGUAGUAGAAUCAAACGGUGAAGAUAUCAGGUGUAGGGAAGUAGUCUGUGACUCCGUGGUAGAUUUUAUGAUCCUAUUUUUCAGUUAAUUAUUAUGGGAAUGUGUAGGAGAAUAGAAAUGUUAUAAGCUUCUCAGUGCAGUUACAUAGAAAGAAAGAGAGAGAAAGAAAAAGAGUAAUGGCAAUGGCAACAAUGGGAGAGAGUCCUCGGAGCCCAGAAGCGAAAUUGGGUAUGCGAGUUGAGGAUCUUUGGGACGUACAAGAGGCACAGCUAAGUCCUACCGAGAAACUCAACGCUUGUUUUGAAAGCAUCCCUGUCUCUGCGUUUCCUUUGGCUCCUUCAAACCAAGAAAUUGAGAUCAAAUCAGACGCCACCUUGGCCGAAGCUGUUAUGAAACUGGCACGACACAAUGUUUUCAGUGCACCUGUGGUGGAUGUUGAUGCUCCUGAAGAUGCUAGUUGGAUUGACAGAUACAUCGGAAUCGUCGAGUUUGCUGGAAUUGUUGUAUGGAUCUUGCAUCAGUCUGAACCUGCAUCACCUAGGAGUCCAUCUACUCCAACCAGUGCAAAGGCAAUUGCAGCUGCAGCUAAUGGACUGAGUUUUGCUCUGGAACUUGAAGCCUUAGGCCUUGGAUCUGCUGCAACAACUGCAGGAAACUUUUUUCUAGAUCUUACUUCAUCUGAACUUUAUAAGAAUACCACGGUUCGUGACAUUGCAGGGACAUUCCGCUGGGCCCCAUUUCUUGCUUUAGAGAGAUCAAACUCAUUUCUAACCAUGCUCUUGUUGCUUUCGAAGUACAAGAUGAAGAGUGUCCCUGUGUUGGAUUUAGGCUCUGGUACAAUAGAUAAGAUUAUUACACAAUCUGCCGUGAUUCAUAUGCUGGCAGAAUGCGCUGGACUUCAGUGGUUUGAAAGUUGGGGAACCAAGAAAAUAUCUGAAGUUGGUCUUCCCCUGGUUACACCAGAUCAGAUCAUAAAGGUUUAUGAAGAUGAACCAGUCCUUCAAGCAUUUAAAGUAAUGAGAAAAAAAAGGGUUGGAGCAGUGCCUGUAAUUGAGAGAGAUAGCGGAAAGGCAGUUGGUAAUAUAAGCUUGCGAGAUGUUCAAUUCUUGUUAAAUGCUCCGGAAAUAUACCAUGAUUAUAGAGCUAUUACAGUAAAGGACUUCCUGACAGCGGUUAGAAGUUACUUGGAGAAGAACAAAAACGCAUUCCCAAUGGUAAGUGAAUAUGUUACAUGCAGAGAGGACUGUACAGUGAAAGAGUUGAUUCAACUGCUGGAUGAAGAGAAGAUUCACAGGGUGUAUGUGGUGGACAAUGAUGGGGAUCUGCAAGGACUAAUCACACUAAGAGACAUAAUAUCAAGACUAGUACAUGAACCCCGUGGCUAUUUUGGUGAUUUCUUUGAUGGUGUUCUUCCUCUGCCUGCAAAUACCAGAGUUUAAUAGCCAAGAAUAACCUGGUGCACCAAGGUUUUUCUUUUAUUUUUUUGGAAUAAAUUAUUUUAGUAAAAGUGAAAAAGACCUAUGUGGUUCUUUUAAGGGCUGAAGACGUGUACUUGGGGUCUUUGUAUAAGGUGUAGGCAGUUUUUGCAAGUUACUUGUAUCCGUUUUAUUAAGUGGGUAUUAGAGUGAGAUUGUGUGUAUUGUAAAUUCUGGCGUGAGUGUAAGUAACCAUAAUUUUUUCUUUUU